AUGAUACACUUAAGUGGUGUUUACAGUGAGACAGAACAAAAGCAAAGAUUUGGCACUUCUUUAUCUGCAACCGCCACUACAUCUUCUCCACAGUACACUCAAGAUUCUGCUUCGAUGAGUUCUGUGCAAGACGAACUGGAUUUCCGAAGUGUUAACCGUUCCUCAUCCUUCCAAACAAGUACCAGCUCUUCUAUCGAGGAGGAAGCUAUCUCUAAUGGCAAAAUGAACGAGCCUCCUCCUCGUACGACGAGGACUCCUGAUAUUUCCUCACUUGCAUUUUACUCCGGGCCAAGCUUAAAUAGUUCUAUACUAAGCAGUCGGAAGCAUGCUCAAUACGUGAGAAGAUCCAUUGUAAUAUCACCAUCGUUGAACUCAAUUCAUUCUUUGAAAAAUAAGGACGACCAAGCAUUAGUCUCUGAGGACCAACGUUCGGAGAUUCCAACUGCUCAGAUGAACAUAGUGAAUAGUCCCAGCAUUCAGGCAUUGAGUGAUAUUCUUAAUCAGAAGAUGGGGAAUGGACCGAUAAAUGAUAAUCAGGAAAACAACGUUGAAAGGUUCGAACCUAUAACAGAGGAGACCUACGAGGAUGCCACUAGUAUAUUAGACAGCCAGACACAGUCUAAACAACAACUAAUAGACGAUGAAGUCAAUAGUUCUGUUGCCACCUUUCAUACUGCACAUUCGUUUGAUACUUUGUCUGCUUCAUCCUUUCAGACCCCUGUUAAAUCCACCCAACCCGCAAGCUCUGUGGCUGCUGAGCAGCCAGACUUGAUUAGUCUCAACAGUACUGUGAAGGGUACUCCAAAGAUUAUUCCAGACUUCCCUGCCACACCCGUGAGAUCUUCCACUGAAUCGCCUUUGACAUCUAGAGAAAUUCAUUUAAAGCUCAGUCCCUCGCAUUAUGGAGACCUAUUUGAACAGUAUGUUUCGGCCCCAGAGCACGUUCGGAAGUCAUCCUUCUCUAAGCCCGCAAAGAUUGCCGAAACAGUGAAAGAGGGUGACCUCAUGACCCCAAGUUUAUUUUCACCCGCUCUGGUAUUCAACGAACCUAUUCAAAGCUUGCAAAUACUCAAUCCCGAUAAAGGGAAAAGCCGAAAUGUUUUUUCCGAUCGUAAAAUUGGGUCCUCUAUCUACGAAAUUGGUUAUAAAGAUCAGAAGGAUGUAUCCUUUGAUUUUGAACACAGCACAGAUAACGAGGAAGCUCUCAAGAGCUAUGAGAAGUUUUAUAAACUACACUUUUCCGCUUACAACGGGAAUCCUCUUCCAAACAAGUCAGAAUCCAUGCAGACUACCGAGAAAGAGGAUGCUGAUGAAUCUGGAGACACGUUUGUUGAAGAGCCAAGUAUCAAGUUCCUUAGGAAACAUGAGAAAAGACUUUCCAUACGACUGGUUUCGGAUGCAUAUGACGAUGACAACCAUAUAGAUGGGGAAGGAUCUGCGCGUCAGCCUGCUAUUGAUAGUCCUGUUGUGGCCGACAGCCCUGUCAAUGAAGAUUCCGGGAUAACGUUACACGAUUUGUAUUAUCCUCCUUCACCAUCUUUAUUACAGGCUACACCUAAUAUGUUCAAGUCACCAGUAUUCCAAGGUUCAAACACGGUGAACAGUGAACAUUUCAACAAGAUUUCACAUUCCCUUGGGAAAAUGUUCGACCAAUCGAAAUCACUUCCUAAUACCCCCAAGGAGGAUGAUGUGGAUCCACUUGGGACUGGGGAACCAGAAGACCCCGAUGGGCUCGAGAAAUUGGUGAGUCCACUGAAGUUAAUGGAGCCCCCCAAAAAUCCAAAGAAAUUAGAGACUGUGAGAUCAAUACAGCCAGUAGAGAACUCAUCCAAGGGAGGUUUCAGUGACACAGUUCAUACAGAGAAGAAACCGGCAUCGAGACGGCUACGUUUCAGAGGUUUAUUCAAAAAAUCAGGAUCUAGGGAACCAGUCAAGGUUGCUUUAUCACCGAAACCGGUGCCCUUGAGUAAACCUACGACUGCUUCUACUUUGAAUCGUCUUCAUGCAGGAGGAAGAAGAAGUGAACACCAGGCCAAAGCCAAGAGUUUUGCUGGGUUUGUACAACCCGAGGAACGAAAACCUCAACUCGAAGAAAAGAAGAACAGACGGAAGAGCUUGUUUUCGGGAUGGAAAAGGAAGAGUUUCUCCUUCACUCACAAUACUUCGCAGAAGAAGAAAAAUAACGGAAAAUCACUAUCUGGCAGACGUAGAUCAGAGGCCGAAGGGGAUAAUAAGAAAAAAGAUACAUACCGGAGCGAGAACGAAUCCAGAUACAGGGGGGUAGUCCCAGAAACUUCAAUUAAGGAGGAGAAGUUUGAUCCGUUUGCAAACACUUCUUCAGACUUCCCCAAGGGCCUAGGAAUUACCGUGAAGUCGCAUAAGGGAAGUGUUCCGACUACACCAAAAUCUCUUUCCUCGGAAUUCACGACUGCCUCUAGUAAGAUUCGUGCAGGAGACGUGCUAUUUCCAAGAGUAUUGGACAAUGCUGAAAUCGAGUCUAUUGUUAGUCUUGAGAGGUCGAGAUCUCUGGGCUCAACCACCUCUGGUCAUAGGACAUUCUCGUUUAGAAUGAGUUCUGGUGAACACUCUUUCAUGAAAACUCUAAAUGAAGCCAAUGACCAAACAAAUUUCGAACCAAGCACGAUUGAUCAUAUAAUUGCUGUGAAACCGCCUAAUGUGGGAAACAAUAUUGGUUCCAUUGGGCUAAAAGUUCAACAACGGCCUCUCGAAAAACACAUUGAUCAUUUCUCGUUGAAUCAACCGGAGUAUGAGCCAACGAAACAACCUACGGUGGCAAACCAGGCAGAUUCAGAAGAUAUUGAACAGGAGAUUAACGAGAUGAUCAACAUUAUUGAUUUUAGUGAUGGAGAAAGUAUCGAUACCAGCUUCAAAUUUGGCGAUACCGAUGCGACGAUCGAUGAGAAAUCAAUGGAUAUACUUGAAAAAAAGUACUCAAAUGAAAACAGUCCAUUCAGUGCUGAAAAUGAGAAUGAAAAUACUCCAGAAUCUAGAAGGAUUGAGUCUGAGGACGAUUCUCGUAGAAAGGCAGAGAACUACCGUCAGCUGUUGAGACAACAAAGAGAAGAAAACAUUGAACCCGAGCACCAAAACGACCAGAUUCUUGCGUCUACUCCGCGAUUCCAUUCAAUGUAUUCUGAGACGGAACAGGGUCGACCUGCAUCCAUGUCCUUCAAAGGAUUGAAUGGACCUGCAUUCAAUUCGUCUCUUAAGCCGGCUACUCGGUCGGCCAUUAUUGGGUCCUUAACAAGCUCACAUAUAUCGUAUGCCAUGAGCAAAAGAGAUUCAACUGGUUCAAGUUAUGAUAGUGAACAGUACUCGGAACCUGAGUUUGAUUUCUUUGCAGAUGGUGUUCAGAUUAAUGGGAAAAAUGGUUCUCUUGAGGAUAUUCAUCCACCGCACAGGCUCUCGGUGAUGUCGAAGUUCAGCUUGUCGAAGUCGGGUGCUGAAAAUCGGACCCAGCAGACGUCUGAAUCACCAGUGCUUUCGAUCCACUCGUUUAAUCAUCAUCAGUCAUUGCAAUAUGACAAGCCUAAAACCUUGGUCAAGUCGAGAGUCAAGCGCGGGACUUCCAUGGGCAAUUUGAUUGGAAACACAUCUUCAGUCAAAGGUUAUAAUGAGGGAAGAAAUAGUAAGGGGAAAAGCAAGAAGAAGAGUAAAAAGGUUAGACAUAGAGGAGUUCAGUUCUCUUCGAAAAUCUUACUCUACACGACAUACGCAGAGGAUGAGUAUGAUAGACAUCCUGAGGAUGCCGCGUGCAACAACUUGACUCCGGAGUUGGCUCUGGAUAUCAAGAACGAAUUGAAUGAAUUUAAAGCACAGAUGGAUGUGAACGAGGAUUCCAGAUGCUACACACAUUUCUUUUAG